AUGGCUACUUUUGCAUCAAACUUAAUGUCUUUAGCAAUUAGCUUCCUUCUCUUAAUCUCGAUUUCACCUUCAAAAGCUGCACUUAAUGCUCAUUACUAUGAUCAAACAUGUCCACAAGCAGAGAAAAUCAUUUUAGAGACAGUUCAUAAUGCUUCCGUGCAUGAUCCUAGAGUCCCAGCUCGUAUCCUUAGGAUGUUCUUCCACGACUGCUUCAUAAGGGGAUGUGAUGCAUCGAUUUUGCUGGAUUCUACUCCCGGAAACCAAGCAGAGAAAGAUGGCCCUCCCAAUGUCUCAGUUCGAUCAUUCUACGUGAUCGAUGAUGCCAAAGCUAAGCUUGAAAUGGCUUGUCCACACACAGUUUCAUGUGCUGAUAUCAUAGCCAUAGCAGCAAGAGAUGUGGUAACCAUGUCUGGAGGACCAUCUUGGAAUGUGCUGACAGGAAGAAAAGAUGGAAGGGUGUCAAAAGCUAAUGAUACAAUUAACUUACCAGCUCCAACCUUCAAUGUUACGCAACUAAUUCAAAGCUUUGCUAAGAGAGGUCUAGGGGUUAAAGACUUGGUAGCUUUGUCAGGUGGUCAUACUUUAGGGUUCUCACAUUGUUCUUCUUUUGAAGCUCGACUUCAAAACUUCAGUUCAGUUCAUGACAUUGAUCCCAGCAUGAACACUCAGUUCGCUGAGAAUCUAAAAAGGAAAUGCCCCAAACCAAACAGGGAUCAUAGUGCAGGAGAAUUCUUGGACUCGACCUCUUCGACUUUCGAUAAUGACUAUUACAAGAAAGUUAUGGAAGGGAAAGGUGUCUUUGGAUCGGAUCAAGCACUGCUUGGUGAUUACAGGACAAGAUGGAUUGUUGAAUCAUUUGCCAGGGAUCAAAGUUUGUUCUUCAGAGAAUUUGCAGCCUCAAUGGUAAACCUUGGAAAUGUCGGGGUGAUCGAAAAUGGAGAAGUGAGACUUAAGUGCCGAGUGGUUAAUUAA